CAUUGGCUCUCAGAGAUAAUGCCCUCUUUGCAGUGCAACAUUCUCAAGAAGGAAGCGUUGCCAGCGUCCUCGAGAUGCCCUGCUGCGCAUGCGCACUCAGCCCAGUGGCCUGAGCCUACGCUUCCGGUGGCCGAGGCGGGGCCCAGAGCACACGCCAUGUCUUACCUCAGCGACCUAGGAAGCUGUAAGUACAAGACCGGGGACCUGGUGUUUGCCAAGUUAAAGGGCUAUGCCCACUGGCCAGCGAGGAUCGAACAUGUCGCUCAACCCAACCGCUACCAGGUGUUCUUCUUCGGGACCCAUGAGACCGCCCUGCUGGGUCCCAAACACCUGUUUCCUUACGAGGAGUCCAAGGAGAGGUUCAGCAAGCCCAACAAGAGGCGCGGCUUCAGCGAGGGGCUGUGGGAGAUCGAGCACGACCCUAUGGUUGAGUCCUCCCCUUGCCUGUGCCCAGAAGAGGAGCAGUGCUGCCCUGAGGAACCCGGGCUAGCAGAAGAGUCAGAGCCUGAGCCGGAGCUGGGGCCGGAGCUGGAGCCGGAAUCCAAGCCUGAGCUGGAAUCCGGGGCCGAGAUGGAGGCAGAGCCGAGGCCUGAGACCAAGUGUGAGCAGGAGCCCGUGCCCCAGCCUGCCUUUGACCUGCUGGACGCCGUGGAGGAGCCGGGCCUCGCCGAGGCUGAGCCUGGAGAUCAGCAAGCCGAACAGGUGCAAGAGCAGCACCCUGAAGCUCAGGCCGAGGAAGAGGAGCCCGGGAGUCUGAAGAGGAGCGCGGAGGAGGAUGAACAGCCUCAGAGUCCUCCCAAACGGCCCAGGGAGGCGGCGCCUGGCGCGCUGGAGAUGGAGCCGGCUGAAGAGCGCGAGGCUGAGGCCUGCCCCUUCGUGGAGGAGCCUGACGAAGCCCUGGAGCAGCAGCCUCCGCUGGAGGAAGAAGCCACAGAAGAGGCGGCCCAGGGCCUGAUUGUUGGCGAAAUAGAAGGCCUGUAGUCACGGUGUUUGUAGAAGAGCCCUCUUUACCCGUUCCUGGUGCCACCUGGCUGUGGCUUGGGAAAACCACUAGGGCCCAGUCUUCACCCCCUGUCCACCUCUCCUUCAUCCGCUCACCUUCAACAAGCCUAAAUUCCUGGCAUAAAGGGACAGGCCAGUUGAUACCAACUUAAGUCGUGGCCACCCUUCCCACCCUAAACUCUUAGGGACAUUCUGGACCUCUGCCUAGGAACCAGGAGUGAGGAGGGGGAAGGGUUGAAGAAAAAAAGCAGGAACAACAUUCAAAGGGAGAUUCUGUAAACUCUGG